AUGAGGGAGGAAGCACCGGCAUAUGAACAUAGGAUUGUGUCACCAUGGCGGAGUGAAUUUGCGGAAGAUAGGUCGUUCGAUCCGCCAUACCGACCUUCAUUAGCAACAGUUGAUUACCAUAGCUCAGAAAGAAGAUCUGCCAAUCGAGGAUUUCCGUCACGGUUUUCAAGAGAAAACGAAGCAUUGCGUUCAUCAGCAAGGACGGUCGCAUCGCCGUUCACUGAUGAAAUUAUGAACGCACCGAAUCCGAAGAAGUUUUCCAUGCCGAUCUUCAUUCUCUUUGACGGAACAACCGAUCUGUGUUUCCCUACGAGCUUGGCUGGACCAGCUCUCAAUUGGUUCAAGAAUCUGGCUCAAGGCUCAAUCGCCAGUUUCCAGGACUUAUGCGAUAAGUUCAUAAGCCAGUAUUACGGGAAUAAGCGUCCGGCUAAGGAUGUAUCGAGCCUUUUCACAAUGAAGCAGCAUGAGGAUGAGCGGCUCCAAGCUUUUCUCACCCGGUUCAACCUCGUUAAAAGCAUGGUAAUGGAGUGUCACCCGUCAACAGCAGUCCAAGCAUUUAAACUCGCAAUGAACCGGGGGACGCCGUUCCACACCAGCUUGGUGGUUAAUACGCCAAAGACAAUAGACGAGCUGAAUGAGAGAGCUGACGGUUUUGUUCACCUUGAGGAGGGAGAAGCAGCUAAUUCAAGGAAGACGUCAAUUAUUUCGACGGAGGAGAAGUCCAAAGCCAAGAUCCGGCAAAAACAAGCUCAACCGCAACGUCACCCCUCAUGGAAGGCGGAGAAGAGGCCUAGGGAGGAGGAAUCAGUCACUCCACUCAGAGUCACCUUAGCAAGGUUAUACCAAGAGAACAAAGAUAAGCUUCAUCCUCCUCUACUAAUCAGGCAACCUCUUGAACAGAGAGAUCAGACUAAACAUUGUGCUUUCCAUAGUGCUAUUGGGUAUCAGACUAACGAAUGCAAGAACCUAAUGAGGUAG